CCCUCUGUGGAGAUCUAUUGUUCAUCAAUUUCACGUUGCGCCUUUCAUUUGCAACCAUACAAAAGAAGAAGAAGAGCCACAGAGCGCAAGAAGCCGCCCAGAAAGGAGACUCUCGAGAUUCGUUCGGCGCACAAGAUCGUCCGGAUGUGCCCUUCCGACCGAAACCUCCGCCGAGAGGCCCCGGCGAGGCCCCACCUCAGGUCGGCGUUCGACGUCCUGGACGCCGACCGCGACGGCAAGAUCAGCAGCGACGACCUCCGCUCCUUCUACGCCGGAUUCUCCUUCGGCGAGGCUGGGGGCGGCGACGAGGACGUCCUGGCGACGAUGAUGGCGGUCGCGGACGCGAACCGCGACGGCUUCGUGGAGUACGAGGAGUUCGAGCGCGUGCUGGGCGGCGCGAAGGCUGCCCCGGGGAGGGCGAGGACGCGGUCGCGGGAGGCGGCGGCGGCGGCGUCGGGGGCCGGGCUCAUGGAGGAAGUGUUCAGGGUGAUGGACAAGGACGGGGACGGGAGGCUGAGCUACGAGGACCUGAGGAGCUACAUGGCGUGGGCGGGGCUAGGCGCGAGCGAGGACGAGAUCAAGGCGAUGAUCAGGCUGGGGGGCGGCGACGAGGCGGAGGGCGUGUCGCUGGACGGGCUGAUGAAGGUUUUGGCCGUCGACGACGGCUUCUUCUGAGGGUUUUCUCUUGUUCUGAAACCCCCCCCCUUUUUUUUGCCCUCUUCCAAGGAACCAU